AUGACCAAAGAACAAGUCUCGUUGUCUGAUAUCUGCUUGAAGGUUCCAAAGGUGGAGACACAUUGCCAUCUUUACGGAACUAUUUGCAAGGAGACCAUCAGUUACUUCAACGAUAGAGCUGGUAAACCAUUUACGGACGAUGAAGUUGCGCAUUUUUACAUUCGUGGCACCAAACCUGUGGGGGUUUUGGCCAUUUUCAGAGGUCUGGACGCUUCUUUGAUCAAAUAUCCACAGGACCUUUACAGAAUUACUUACGAGCAUUUGGAGAGAUCCAGUGAACAGAAUGUUAUAUACAUCGAGUUAUCGUGGAACCCGACAGGUACAGUUUUAGAGUCCAAGAUUCCGUAUGCAGACGCCCAGAAGGCCAUCGUGGAUGCCAUGGACGAUUGCGAGGUCAAGUUCGGAAUUAAGAGUCGGUUGAUUUGCGCUAUCGACAGACAAGCAGAGCCCGAGAAGGCCUCCUUAAUGUUGGACUGGAUGCUCGAGUCUCCUUCGCCAAAGACCAUUGGUAUUGGUAUCGAUUAUAAAGAGACAGACUUCCCUCCACAGCUGUUUGAGGACACUUUCCUGCGUGCCAAGGCCAACGGAUUUAAGAUCACUGCUCAUGCCGGAGAAUUUGGUGCUUCGUGGACCAACAUCGAUUUCGUCGCUAACAAGAUCAAGGCUGACAGAGUCGACCACGGCUACACCAUCAUUGAUAACCCGAAACUGGUGGACCAAUUUGUGAGAGAAAAAAUUCCAAUCACCGUUGUUCCUACAAACUCGUACUACAUGCGGUUGUUUGAUCCUGAGGAAUGGGCCCAGAAACACCCAAUUAGAAAAAUGAUCAAGCUGGGUCUGGUGAUCUAUCCAAACACAGACGAUCCAGCGUUCCAUUGUGUUGAUCCAGCCAAGGCGUGGUUGAUGAUGGUGAAAGACUUUGACGCCACAGUUCCAGAUCUCAAACGGUUCGCAUACAACGCUAUUUACAGUGCGUGGGUGGAUGAAGCCACCAAGGAAAAAUGGAGAAACGAGUGCGAUAAAUUUUUCGAGCCGCUGUUAUAA